AAUCUCACCCACUUAUCUACUCCAUUAUUCUCGCCAUCCCUCCCCUUUAACGAAAAACUCUCCCUUUAUAACAAACCUACCUUUAUGGAUGAUGGUGUUCAUCUUUUUCAAAAAGGGCGAUUUUACUGAUAAGGUUUUUCGUUUUUAAAAUAAAAAAAUUAAAACCCAAGCUUCAGCAUACCUUGUGCGGCUGGGGGCUUCAAGCUGGCAGUUCGGAGAAGAGGCUUUUAGAUAGGGCGGGCAUCGUCGGCGGCGGUAAUAUUUGGACGGCGGAUUGUGAAGAGAGCGCCGACGAGAGAGAAGAGACAAAGUUAGGUCAGCUGCUUGUUGGUCGCCGACAUCCUCCGCCGGCGGUCACAGUUAAGCAUUGUGAAUCAAAGAGCCGAAAAAAAUACAAGAGUAUUAUGAAGGGGAGAAAAUCGGAGGGCGGUGCCGGUAAGGCGGCAUCCGGCGGCGGAAGUCGCCAUAGUGGAAGCAAAACCAUCAAGGAUCCUCGGUUCGCAUCUAUUCACACGGAUCCCAGGUUCCGGAAAGCUCCGAAGCGCGAGACGAAGGUGGUGAUCGAUUCCCGUUUCAGUCAUAUUUUCGCCGGUGAUAAGUUCGCGCCUACCAAGGCGAGGAUUGAUAAGAGAGGCAGGCACAAGGAAGAUUCUUCUCAGAAUCGCCUGAAAGACUAUUACCAUCUCGAGGAGGAAGAGGAGGAAUCACUGAAGAGAAGGGAGAAGUUGAAGAACAAAUAUGCUGAAAGAGAAGAAGAAGAAGAUGAUGAUGAUGAGGAGGAGGAGGAGGACGAGAAGGAGGAAGAAGUAGAAGAAAGUGGCACUAAAGCCGGACAAAGUGAGAGUCAGAAUGAGGAGUUAGAGAAAGGAAAUUCGGUGUCAGAAUCGGAUGACACAGAGUCAGAAGAAGGUGAGGAGGAGGCUCAGAGUGACAGUUCAUCUUCAACAAGUACAACAGAUUCUGACGAAGAGGAUGAUGUUUAUUCGGACGAAGAAGAUACUUUUUUGCAGGAAGAAGUUAUACAAACAAUUGAGAAGGAAACUCAUAGACUAGCAGUUGUUGGUAUGGAUUGGGGUCGAGUAAAGGCAGAUGACAUAUAUGUGCUGUUGAGCUCAUUUCUCCCAAAAGGAGGCCACAUUAAGUCUGUUGCUGUCUAUCCAACUGAGUUUGGACUAAAGCGCAUGGAAGAAGAGGCAGUCCAUGGUCCAGUUGGUCUAUUUGAUGAAGAUAAUGAAAAGAACAAAAAUAGCGAUGAUGAUGAUGAUGACGAUGAUGAAAUUGAAAAUGAGAAAUUACGUAAAUAUGAAUUAAGUAGGCUCAGGUAUUAUUGCGCUGUAGUGGUCUGUGAUUCAAUUUCUACUGCAGAUCACCUUUACAAAAAUUGUGAUGGAGUUGAAUUUGAAAGAACGUCUAAUAAGUUGGAUUUGCGGUUUAUUCCUGAUUCCAUGGAAUUUAAGCACGAGCCACGUGAUGUAACGACCGAGGCACCAGCCAGCUAUGAAGGAUUAGAUUUUCUUACCCGAGCACUCCAACACAGUAAUGUUGAACUUACAUGGGAUGAGGAUGAGCCACAGCGUAUAAAGACCUUGAAACGAAAAUUCAAUGCCGAUCAGCUUGCAGAAUUGGAGCUGAAAGAAUUUUUGGCUUCUGAUGAUAGUGAUGAAGAAGCUGAUGGUGAUGAUGAAAAUGAUGAAGACUGUGGAGAUAGAACCACGAAGAAACCCAAAAGGCAGGAAAAGUAUCGUGCUUUACUUCAAUCUGGAAAUGGUUCUGAUGCUAGUGAUAAAGACGAUGAUCGCGAGGAUAUGGAGGUCACCUUCAAUACUGGCUUGGAAGAUUUAAGCAAGCGGAUUCUUGAAAAGAAAGACAAGCAAUCCGAAUCUGUAUGGGAAGCCCAUCUUAGAAAGCGGAGAGAGAAAAAGAGUGCUAGGAAAAACAGAUCAAAGGAUUCAUCACAGGACGAGAGCAGUGAUGAUUAUCAAGAACAUAUAGAAGAACCUGAUGAUUUUUUUGUCAAGGAACAUUUGGAUAUCAAGAAUAAGGACAAGAAAGGAAAGCGUGCUGGGAAAGGGAAACCUGAUGAUCAAGGAACGGCCCAAGAAAAUGAAGCAAGUUUGGCAGAGCUUGAGUUGUUGCUCGCGGAUGAAAAAGGUUCAGGCACCAACUUGAAGGGAUAUAACUUAAAGCGGAAGAAGGGUAAAGAUAGAAAACAAAAAGGAAUUAUUGAUGAGGAUAAGAUACCGACCAUGGACUAUGAGGAUCCUCGGUUUUCCAGUUUCUUAAAAUUACCACAAUUUGCUUUGGAUCCCACGGAUCCCCAAUUCAAGAGGAGUGCAGUUUAUGCACGCCAGAUGUUUGAGAAGAAGCAUCAAGAAACCGUCAAAGAAAAGGAGAAAGGCAGGGGAGUGGAAUCACCCAAAGAACUCGAAGCGACAGCAGCAGAGGAGUUGCCUUCAAGUAACAACGAUAAGAACGAAAUCUCUUCUCUUGUCAAGUCCAUUAAAAUGAAGUCCAAACAAAUCCAACUGCCCUCUACAAAUAAACUGACCAAGAAAAGGUGAAGUAAAAUGUGCUAUACAAAGCUAAAGUAGGAAAACAUUGUUAUACUCCCUACUUCCUUUUUUUUACAAAUUCUUUUUGCAGUUUUUUCUUCCAAUUUGCUCAUUAUUUUAGAUUGAUUUUUCAAAUGUAGUUUUUGUGUUUAGAUUGUUAUUCCCUUCGUGUGCAAAUUGUUGGGUUGCAAAGAGUUUAUGAUGUUUGUUUCGAGUAUUAAAUUACGAGUAAUUGUGUGAGUCAUUUUAUGUGGUGUUCUUUUAAUCAUUUACACUCUUGUGAAUCAUUUUACGUGUGAAAUAAACACCUGUCAAUCGG